CACACACCAUGGAGCGCCAGACUGCUACAACAACGACGACCCUAGAAACUAACUGGUGCUAGUGGUGAUCUCACACAGCGAUGGCAAUGGGGGCUGCUGUUUACUUUGUGCAAGCUUUACCUUUUGCACCCCUUGUCCACCACCUGAUCUGUUGUUGAUUGCACAGUAAAUAAAGGAUUGUCGUAUAGUGGGUUUUUUUGGUUUGUUUUUUUGUUUUUUGUUUUUUCAAUUUAGGAAGAAUCUCAUUUCUGGAAACCUGCACAGCCUUCUGCAAGUGCCGAUCAGAUUCUAUUUGUGCUCCCGCUGUUACUGUCACCGAACUAUUACGUUAUUAUUAUUAUUAUUAUUAUUAUUAUUAUUAUUAUUAUUAUUAUUAUUAUUAUUAUAUGAAUUUAAUCAUUUAAAACCUGCAUCGGAAACUAUAUAAAAAAAAGAAAAGAAAAGAAACGAAACCAUUUAUAUAUUGCCGUUUUUAGUGAGAAGCGCAAGCUGUUGUUUAUCAUUUUUAGAUCUGGAUCAUAAUUUCUGCUGUUGUCAUCUUCGAAAGAGUAGCAGCAUUUGGAAUCUGCAUCUAUUUCCUUGGCUAGCCUCCCGUAUGCACUUUGCAAUACAAUAGCAUUGCAAUAGGGAGGAUCCGCGCCGGCUGGCUGAAAACAAGUAAAACAUAGGAUGCUUUGGAUGUAAAAUAAAUUAUCAAGAUGGGGAAAGAUCAGGAAUUGCUACAAGCGGUGAAGACUGAAGAUCUUAUUACGGUGCAAAAGCUUUUGCAGAGGCCCAAGCCGGGGAAAGCAAAGCUGUUAGGCUCCACUAAGAGAGUCAACGUGAACUUCCAAGACACGGAUGGGUUCUCUGCUUUGCAUCAUGCUGCCCUCAAUGGAAACAUGGAGCUCAUCUCCCUGCUGCUGGAGGCACAGGCUACAGUGGAUAUUAAGGACCAGAAAGGAAUGCGUCCACUGCACUACGCGGCCUGGCAGGGUAAAGUUGAGCCAAUGAAGAUGCUGCUGAAGUCGGGAUCUUCUGUCAACAGCCAAUCAGAUGAAGGACAGAUCCCCCUGCAUCUUGCAGCACAGCACGGGCAUUAUGAUGUUUCGGAGAUGCUGCUACAGCACCAGUCCAAUCCAUGUAUCGUGGACAAUGCAGGAAAGACUCCCUUAGACCUGGCCUGUGAAUUUGGAAGAGUCGGGGUGGUCCAGCUGCUGCUGAGCAGCAACAUGAGCGCUGCUUUGCUGGAGCCCAAGCCGGGCGACACCACCGACCCCAACAGCACCAGCCCCCUGCACCAGGCAGCCAAGAACGGCCACAUCGACAUCAUCAGGCUGCUUCUGCAGGCUGGCAUUGACAUCAACAGGCAGACCAAGGCUGGCACAGCACUGCAUGAGGCAGCUCUCUGCGGGAAGACAGAGGUGGUGCGCCUCCUGCUGGAUAGCGGUAUUAAUGCCCAGGUCAGGAACACAUACAGUCAGACGGCCCUGGAUAUCGUUAACCAGUUCACUGCCACACAGGCCAGCAAGGAGAUCAAGCAGCUGCUCAGAGAUGCCUCAGCUGCCCUGCUGGUCAGGUCUAUGAAAGAUUAUUGCAACAACUACGACCUGACCAGCCUGAAUAUCAAAGCUGGAGAUGUCAUUACAGUGUUAGAGCAGCACCCUGAUGGCAGGUGGAAGGGCUGUAUCCAUGACAACAGGACAGGAAAUGACAGAGUGGGAUACUUCCCUUCCAGCAUCGUGGAGGUGAUCAGUAAGAGGACAGGUUCAUGGAAUACAGUCAUUUGUACCCAACAGUAUCAAAAGAUACAGAUUUCUGCGUCGUCGUACGGCCCUGGCGCCGUGGUUAACGGCGAAAUGUACCAUCAGUUCCAUUACUUGCCGCCACCUCCACCUCCACCUCCACAUUCCCAUCAGCCACUUUUCAGUUCCUUUGGCUAUCACAGGUCCUAUAGUACUUCAGAAGAGCUGCACUGUGGACAAGGUCCCCGAGGCUCAGAAUCCAGUCCACAUGGCUCACCCACCCUGGCUACGGGCAGCUCCGCUGGCGCCAACGAGGAGAUCUGGGUUCUGCGCAAGCCCUUCGCAGGCGGUGAUCGCAGCAGUGUGGGCAGCUCGGGGAGCGUGGUCAGUGCCCGAUCAUCUGGGAGUGGACAGAGCGCAAGCAGCAGCAUCCACGCACUGCACGCCCAGGCAGAGGGUGUCAAGCUUUUGGCAACAGUCCUGUCCCAGUCCCAGAAGGCGAAGGAACACCUUGCUGUUGAAGGUUCUGGAAAGUCUUUGGACCAGCCUGCAGGGUCCUCACGUCCACAGAACGUGGCCAGCUGCCCCUACCACGAGCAGCCUUACGGGGACCAGCCACCACAGAGGAAAGCUGAGGCAGCGUCCGAGGGGAAGAGCUCAGAGGCUGUUAUCCAUUGGCUGAGCGAGUUUCAGCUCCAGGUCUACACUCCAAACUUCAUCACUGCCGGGUAUGACAUUCCCACCAUUAGCCGCAUGACCCCCGAGGAUCUGACAGCUAUCGGAGUAACCAAGCCCGGGCACAGGAAGAAGAUUACUUCUGAAAUCAGCAAGCUGAAUGUGGCAGAGUGGCUUCCGGAACACAAGCCUGCCAACUUGGCUGAAUGGCUGUCUGUGAUAGGCCUUGGCCAAUAUUAUCAAGUCCUUGUGCACAAUGGCUAUGAGAACAUCGACUUCAUUACAGACAUCACCUGGGAGGACCUACAGGAGAUUGGCAUCACCAAACUAGGCCAUCAGAAGAAGCUCAUGCUGGCUGUGAAGAAGCUGGCGGAGAUACAGAAGGCGGAGCACGGUCGGGGUACCCUCAGGAGGAAGGCUCCUCAGUCUCUGGAGGUGGUGGCCAUCGAGUCCCCUCAGCAGGAGACGGCAGAGUGCCUCUCCCCCAAGAUGACCACCUUCCAGGACAGCGAGCUGAGCAACGAGCUGCAGGCCGCCAUGACUCGCGCAGGGGACUCCCAGGACAACAUGGAGCUGAAGCAAGCCAGCAACCACAUGCCCCACCGACUCCAGAUAUCUCGGAGCCUCCAUGAGGACAGCCAGAGCAGCAAGACCAAGGAACCGCCAGCAGAGGGGCCUGCCGAGGAGGGGGGCACUCCCCAGAGGAAGGAAGUGCGGCCCAUGAUGCAGAGGGCAAGCGUGCCCAGGCAGUCCUUCCCUCCUGCUGGAGGGCCUACCUAUAUGCCAAAAGCCAGGCCGUCCUCCCCACAGACUAUGGGGGUUUCUCAAACUACGGCCAAAGUGAAGCCCACCCCACAGCUGCUACCCCAGACAGACCGCCCCAUGUCCCCCAGGUCUCUCCAACAGUCCCCCACACAUAGGGGCUUCGCCUAUGUCCUGCCCCAGCCAGUAACAGGAGGUGAAGCAAAUGCCAGCCAUGGGACUGGAGUUGCUCCCGUUCUCCCCGUUUCCGUGCCAGUGCUCUGCCUCCCUCCACAAGGGGAUGAAUCCGACGAGGAGCAGGGAAGGCCGAAGAAACGGGCCCACAGCUUGAACCGCUACGCCAUGUCCGACAGCGAGCAGGACCGGGAAGAGUUAAUGGUGCCAGACGUUGCGCCUUAUGCCACCGUGCAGCGACGUGUGAGCAGGAGCCACUCUGUGAGGGGCCAGUCUGGGGAUAAUAACGUCAACCGCAGCCAGUCCUUCGCCCUCCGACCCAAGAAGAAAGGCCCACCUCCCCCUCCCCCCAAGCGCUCCAGCUCAGCCAUUUCGAGCACAAACCUGGCUGAUGACUUCACCGGGGAGGGUGGUGGCAACGAGCUGGAGGUGGUGUACCGGGAGCAGCGGCGGGCCAGUGACUUCGGGGGCAUGGUGGACACAGGAAGCGCUGGCAGCGUGAAGAGCAUCGCCGCCAUGUUGGAAAUGUCGUCCAUUGGCGGAGGACCCAAAGCUCUGGCACUGCAGAAGGCUCUCGGUGGCAGCGGCAUACACUAUCUGCAGCCCAGUCCGGAGCAUGGGCGAGUGGCCUCUGUGAAGCACCGAGACGCAAUCGGCCCGGACGGGGAAGUGGUCAACCGACGGAGAACCAUCAGCGGGCCCGUGACUGGACUGAUUGCCGCAGCGCGCAGAGAGAGGGUCGACAGCGUGAGAUCCGGCAAGGAACCCGAGUCCCCAAAGGAUAAGCCUCAAGAGGACCAACAGCAGCCAGCUUCUCGGAACAGCUCCAGUGAGAAUAUCCCCUUCGCCAAAGAGGGCAACCUGACCAUCAAGCAGAGACCCAGGAAACCGGAGGCUGGCGACGGCCUGCCAGAGACUGUGUACACCCUGAAACAGGAAGACUUCUCCAGAGUGGAUGCCAACGCUACUCUAAAGAGAAGAGUGAAGUCAAGGCAUCACCCAGAUGGUGUGAAGUUCCACCUUACCGAGUCGAGCACAGUGAAGAGACGACCGAAAACUAAGGAGAAGGACCAGACAGGUUCCCCGCAGGAGUCUCAGCACUUUGCCCUCUAUCAGAACGGCACGGGCACUAUUAAACGAAGGCCAGUGUCAGAGAUGAGUGGGGUGGAGAGCCCCAUGCCCCACUUGGUGGCCGAGGGCAAUGGUGACCAGGGGCCCCGCAGAGACAGUUUGGAAGCCGGUGACGGAGAGACCAGGAAGCCUGUCAAGCCGCCUGUCUCUCCCAAACCAGUCCUUACACAACAGGGCACUGUAAAGAAGCAAGGACCCCCGACUCCCACUUCAAAGAAGGCUCCUAUUCCCGGACCUGGCAGUCCAGAAGUGAAGCGAGUCCCUCCACCGGUGUCUCCAAAGCCCGCCCCACCACCGACAGCACCAAAACCAGCCAAGGUGCAGGCCGUCCUGCAGUCUCUCAGCGCCGGACCAACCCCAACCCCUUCCCCUGCCAAACAACCAGGAACUGGAAAGGCUUCAAGCACACCCCCCUCCCUCUGUUCCAGCCCGGCUAAACCGCAAAGCCCCCCGGGGCAGCCCCCUCCUCCCCCUCCCCCUCCCCUGGCCCUUCCUCCACUGGCUCAGACGCCCCAGCCCUCCCCCCAGCCCUCCCCUCAGCCCUCCCCUCAGCCCUCCCAUCACGGAGUCCCUGUGAAGCCUCCCCGCUCCUCCAUCGGCAGCGCCUCCACAGAUAGUGCCUGCCCUGACACAGCGCAACAGAAACUGGAGGAGACCAGCGCCUCGCUCGCUGCUGCCCUGCAGGCUGUCGAGGAGAAGAUCAAACAGGAAGAGCAACACAAAGCAGAUUCCAGCACUGAAGCAAAGAGCACAGUCAGCAUACUGGACGACAUUGGCAGCAUGUUCGAUGACCUGGCCGACCAGCUCGAUGCGAUGCUGGAGUGACUACAGCGAGGAAAGCUCAAGAUACACAAACCUCAGGACUCAGAGUGGGUACAAGGGCACAAAAACCAUCCCUGAUAGAACCCCGUCCUCUUCCUCCCUGUCACUUUUAUGGACAACGCGUUGUGGACCGAAGAUCCCUUCUCAAUGUCCAACACAACUCAAAUCAGUUGCACAAUUAACCAAUUAUUAAAAUUAAGAUGAAUUACCUCAGGAUUGUGCAAAAGAAAAUCAGAGUGCACUAGACAGACAGGAUCCAGAGGGUCAGUGUGAGGGACUUUGCAGUAGAAAACGCUACAAUCUUUUUUUCUAUUUGUGUGAGGAGUAUGAAAUCUAUUGUAAAAAAAAAAAAAUAAAACCUAAAAUAAACUAUGGUAUGUGUAAAAUUGUUAGCAUGAAGAAAGAAAAGAGUUUAUAUCGUGAAUCCUACAAAAAUAAAUAACCAUUUCUCAUCUAGAGAAACUCAUUAGUUAGUGCAGUAAUAUUUUUUUGUUUUGCUGAGAGGUACAAAUUACUCAUUUGAUCAAUUUCAUAUAUAUAUAUAUAUAUAUAUAUAUAUAUAUAUGGGAUUGGAGUUGAUGGCUUAGAAUAUUCUAAACAACGGCAGUGUUCAUAUUUUUUACAACCUGUCACUGGUUACAAAUAUUUUGUGAAUGUGUUGUAGAAAUGGUGAGCUGGCUUGAUAUAGUUGCAGACAACAUCCCUUUGAAAUCUGUUUGCUGCCAAACAAGAACAUUUGUCAAGAGCUCCAACUUCUUAAAUGGGAAGUUUCCCUGCAUAAUAAUUCCUCCAAACUUAACAUUUCCAUUUGAUGGUGCAUAACCAUUUUUUUCUAUACUUGUAUAGCAUGGUUUGAAAAGGCAACAGUACUGCACUUCUAGGAUUGCUGCAUCGUUGAUCACUCACUACUUUUCGAAAUGCAAAAACAGUUUGCACAUGGUUACAUUCUUUCGCAAUACCAUGUGCAAAGAUGAGGGCUUCGUUUUUGUAAAUUGUCCUGUAUUGGAUAAAUAUGGUAACACAAUACAAGCUGCUACCAUAGAUACUCUGUCAAUUAUUAUGGUUUAUGGAGUUGGAUUUGUUGAACUUUAAAAAUGUGCAGAAUUACAUUUUUUAACACAAGUUGGGUCUUUGGAAAGGUGCUGGCUAAAAGAAUCUGUAGUUGAACACUGCAUGAACUAACAAGCUACUGUAUUAGCAACACCUACUUAUUUACAGCCUCCAAUGACUACAGGUUUGUGGAAGUGUGAUUGCGUUGGCACUAUACAGCAGGAGUUUGCUCCUUUCUGCUUGCAGCUCACCAGCUUUGGAACAGUACAGUGAACUGAACCCUGCUUACCCAUAGAUAACGACUCUACCAGGAUGCAUGUAUCUUAAAUCUUGCAACUGCAGUGCCCUGUUUAGCACAAUUAUACUUUAUAUAUGGAUUGGAUUUGGGUCACUAAAUAUGUGUCUGCUUAAGCAUCGAUGCCACCUGCUGUUAAAUUAGACCUCGCUUUUUGGCAUAACCGUUUCAAAGACCCAAGUAGCUAGCAAGCUGGUUGAAUCUGUACUUCAGGUAUUUAAAUGUUUUUUAAAAAAUGGAAUUCUGCUUUUGAAUGGCACAAAAACUUUUUUUUUCUUUGCGUGUGUGUGCAUGAUGUUCAACAUUGAAAUGAUUGUACUAGCUACCACUGCCAUGACUUUUUUUUGGUAUUAUUUCUAUUGCCUUAUAAGUUUAAUUUAUGUUCAUAUAUUUCUGUUUGCGUGUCCCCUGUUUAUAUAGAUGCAGUAUCAUUUUUCUAAGACACUGUAUGUGUGUGUACAGAUAACGUUUUGGCAACUGGUGCUGCUUGAGUAUGUUCCCAUAGUGUUAAUAUUGUAAAGAACACUUGAAUGUGUGUGAUAAUGUCACUUUUUAAUAGCUGUCUUUCAAUAAAUAUAUCCAUUAUUCAAGUUUUUUUUUUUUUUUUUUUU